AUGGCUCUCGUCCACGACAUGGCUGAGUGCCUGGUUGCUCUUCCCGGGCGUGACGGACAUCAACACAUCCACUGCCCUCUUCCGGGAGUACGAGGAGGAUCAGACCCUAGAAGGCAGCUCGUGCAUGACAUUGAUAAGUUGGAGAUGGUUCUGCAGACGUUCGAGUACGAGCGUUGUCAUCAGCGUGAUCUGUUGGAGUUUUAUCACGUCAUGGAUGCGAUUCGCUGGCCUGAAAUGCGCGACUGGGGGUUGAUGACGAUGAAGGAGCGCGAGGCGUUUCGAGCCGCUACAUCCAAAGGCGAGAUUGAGAAUGAUCCGGCUAAGACGUGGCGAUCGAUGUCCUGGAAGGUAGAGUCCAUGUAG